GUUUCGCGUGCACUACGGGAGCUGCAGCGGUGUCUCUCCUCUCCUCUCCUCUCCUCCUCUCACCCAGCUGCUGCUCCAAAACCGCCUCCCUAGUCUGGGUUGCGUCGCACUCCCCCGUCUGUCACACCAGGCUUCGAGGAAAUCUGACGUAUUUUUCGCAUUUCCUGCACCAGAGAGAGAGAGAGAGAGAGACGGAGACAGCGAGCAGUGUCGAGACACAGACAGGGAGAGAGAGAGAGACGGAGAGAGAAAGAGACGGAGAGGCAGCCAGAGGUAUAUCCACGGGAAGUUAAGAUCAACAGCUGUGGCUGAAACCAGUCCGAGCACAAGGAACCUACCUACCUACCUACCUACCUACCUACCGCCGUAAUCUGCCCCUCCCCUCCGCCUCUGCGGCGGUUCUUCACGCUACACCAGCCGCUGUCUGGUCGCAGCGGUCCGGGCUCGAACAUCCCCCCCGGUGCGCCACGGCGGCUGUGCCAAACAGUCCUCUUGGAGCCUCCCAUCUACCGCCACACGGUGCAAUGCAGCACGGGCUCGGGGUUGUAAAGAAAGUCGGAAGUAAAGAACAACAUGACUGACGUGUUUGUGUUUUUUUCCUCACUGUUGGUAGCUGUUGUUCGUGUUUCUUCCGUGCACUUCUAAGGAAGGUUCCCCCUCCGGUUACCGGUCGUUUCUGUCGCUGCAGUUUAUUUUUUUGAGGGGGAGUAUUUGUAAGGAUUUACAGCAUCUGCCUGGAGGACCGCCGGUGAACAGAGAGGAGAAAGGUGAGGUGUUUCCAUCAGAGAAGGUUGCGACCGCCGCGCUGCCAUGGUGAUCUUCAACGGGAUGCUGAAGAUCCGGAUCCGCGAGGCGCUGGACCUCAAGCCCACGGCUUGGUCCCUGCGUCACGCCGUCGGCCCCAAGACCCAGACCUUCCUGCUGGACACGUACAUCGCCCUGAACGUCGACGACUCGCGCGUGGGCCAGACCUCCACGAAGCAGAAGACCAACAGCCCCGCGUGGAACGACGAGUUCACCACGGAGGUCCACGACGGCCGCAGGAUCGAGCUGUCGGUCUUCCACGACGCACCGAUCGGAUGCGACGACUUCGUGGCCAACUGCAUCAUCCAGUUCGAGGACAUCCUGCACAACGGGAGCAAGCACUUCGAGGACUGGAUUGACCUGGAGCCAGAGGGAAAGGUGUACGUCGUUAUCGACCUAUCGGGAUCUUCAAGUGAAGCUCCAGCGGGCUCCACCGAAAAUGAGGAGCGCGUGUUCCGGCAGCGGAUGGGACCCAGGAAGCGCCAGGGGGCCGUCCGCCGGAGGGUCCACCAGGUCAACGGACACAAGUUCAUGGCCACCUUCCUGAGGCAGCCCACCUACUGCUCCCACUGCAGGGACUUCAUCUGGGGCGUGUUAGGAAAGCAGGGCUACCAGUGUCAAGUGUGCACCUGUGUGGUCCACAAGCGCUGCCAUGAGCUGAUCAUCACCAAGUGUGCAGGGAUGAAGAAGCAGGAGGACACAGUGGAGGAGCCAGUCGGUUCUCAGAGGUUCAGCGUCAACGUGCCGCACAAGUUCAGCAUCCACAACUUUAAAGUUCUCACCUUCUGCGACCACUGUGGGUCUCUGCUCUGGGGUCUGCUGCGACAGGGACUCCAGUGUAAAGUGUGUAAAGUGAAUGUGCACAGGCGCUGUGAGAGUAACGUAGCUCCUAACUGUGGCGUGGACGCCAGAGGAAUCGCUAAAGUCCUCGCUGACCUCGGAGUCACACCGGACAAGAUCUCCAACAGCGCCCAGAGACGGAAAAAGCUCCCUCAGGGUCAGGACCCCCAGCAGACGCUAUCAGGGACGCCCAAGACAGAAGACGACCGCUCAAGGUCCGCCCCCACCUCACCAUGUGACCAAGACGUAAAGGAGCUGGAGAACAUCCGGAAGGCUCUGUCGUUCGACCACCGCGGAAAGGAGCACAAAACGAAACCCCUGUCCUCCCCCUCAUCUGCUGCCGCGGUGCCGGGGGACGGUCACGGCGGCGGAGGGGGCAGCGUCGGAGAGGAGGGUGAAGGAGGCCGGGAGAAUGGAGAGGCCAAAGGUCACAUCGCGCCUGAAAUCAAGAGGAUGAAUUUGCCCGACUUUGUGUUCAUCAAAGUUCUGGGAAAAGGAAGCUUCGGAAAGGUGAUGCUGGCGGAGCUGAAAGGCAGCGACGAGGUUUACGCCGUCAAAGUGCUGAAGAAAGACGUGAUCCUGCAGGACGACGACGUGGACUGCACUCUGACGGAGAAACGCAUCCUGGCUCUGGCCAGAAAGCACCCGUACCUGACACAGCUCUUCUGCUGCUUCCAGACUAAAGACCGACUGUUCUUCGUGAUGGAGUACGUUAACGGAGGCGACCUCAUGUUUCAGAUUCAACGAUCGAGGAAGUUCGACGAGGCGAGAUCUCGUUUUUACGCGGCCGAGGUCACGUCCGCUCUGAUGUUCCUGCACCGGCACGGAGUCGUAUACAGAGACUUGAAGCUGGACAACAUACUGCUGGAUGCAGAGGGUCACUGUAAGCUGGCAGACUUCGGGAUGUGCAAAGAGGGCAUCCUCGAUGGAGUCAGCACCACCACCUUCUGUGGGACGCCAGAUUACAUCGCACCCGAGAUCCUUCAAGAGCUGGAUUACGGCCCGUCAGUGGACUGGUGGGCUCUGGGGGUGCUGAUGUAUGAGAUGAUGGCAGGUCAGCCACCAUUUGAAGCCGAUAAUGAAGAUGACCUGUUUGAGUCCAUCCUCCACGACGACGUCCUCUAUCCCGUCUGGCUCAGCAAGGAGGCCGUGUCCAUUCUUAAAGCGUUCAUGACCAAGAGUCCGAACAAGCGUCUGGGCUGUGUGGUGGCUCAGGGUCUGGAGGAGGCCAUUAAGCUCCACGUGUUCUUCAGAGAGAUCGACUGGACGCUGCUGGAGCAGAGGAAAAUCCGACCACCAUUCAAACCACGCAUCAAAACCAAAAGGGACGUGAAUAACUUUGACCAGGACUUUACACGAGAAGAACCCAACCUGACACCGGUGGAAGACAACAUCAUCAAGCAGAUCAAUCAAGAUGAGUUUAAAGGUUUCUCCUACUUUGGAGACGAGACUGUGGCCUAGACACACACACACACACACCCUGACACACAGAUAAUUAACACAUUAAUAUACACCACCACACCUAAAAAUAUCUUCGAGCUAAGAUGUAAUAUUUGAAGAAACACACGGCCUGAGACCUCCUGAAUUUCUCCAGAUCGUGACCUCUCCAGGACUUAUACUAGACCAUCGGUAUCUCUCUCUCUUCAUGGUUUCUGUGCUCUUGUUGUUUGUCCAUUUGUGCAUAUGCCAUCAAAGUAUAUGCUCAAGCGGCAUGCAAGUGCAGGUCAGAAGCUGUAAGAAAUGCUCCUUAUCUUGGUCCGGAUGCAUUUCUAAAGCAGCGGACAAAACUGAACUCUGUGUUUUCAGAGGGGUCUUUUGAAGUAGAUACAGGGGCAAGGUCACGGCCUGUGAGUGUGCCCGUGUGUCUGUGUGUGUGUGUGUGUGUGAGAGCGAGAUAAUGUAAGGGCAAGUGUGCAUGCAUGCAUAGUUGCAUACUGUACCUCUAGAAAGAGCAAGACUGUCAUUUCUGUACGUGAUGUGCUGUAUCCUGUGUCUCUCUCCGUGUUUAAAGAAUGUUUUUCUUCUUCUCUAAACUUCUAUGUGAAUGGAAAACAAAAUGUAUAUGUUGAACCAAUGAUUGUAUUUAAAGAAAAUGGUCUUGAAUUUUUUUUUUUCAAAUGAAGGUUUUGUCAGUGCUGUGUUAUAAAUUUGACAGCCAAACUGGCAAAUUCAAAGUUAACUUUAGAAGGUGCCCGGCGAAACAUUGGAAUUUUAAGGUUUGAGCUUAGUUUUAUCUCAGCAGUUCUUGUCUGAGCUGUUUUCCUUCUCUCUCCACAUUUGAGCUUGUUAGUAUAUUGACGUCCCUUUCUUCAUUCAAAACCAAAGGGUACCAUUAGCCGUCAGCUAACAGACCGUGGCUGACCACUCGGUGUGUCCUGUUGUAGUGAGUCAUGCUUGCAGUGUUAACAAGCUGGUUCCCAUACGACUUGAUGUUUGACAUCGGGACAGUUGUCCUAUGAAGCCAAAUAUAGAGCUGAAAUCGAAAAUGUCAAAGGAGCCCUUUAAAAAGUCCUUGUUACUGAAACUCUCACUGCACCUCCUUAAACUCCUUAAAUCCCUUCAUGACCACUUGAUCGUUGAAAUGCCUUGUGUGUGUGUGUGUGUGUGUGUGUGUGUGUGUGUACAGUCACUGGUUAAUCGGUCACUGUACUCGACCUACUUCUCUGACAUAACAAACCAAACCCUCAUGACUCCACAUCAAAGUGGUGGAUCGUACACAGAGGUGAGUGUGUUCAACUGAAUGUAUUUGCUUCUGAAUGUGUGUGUGUGUGUGUGUGUGUGUGUGUGUGUGUGUGCAUCAUGUUGUAUUUUUUAUUUAAAACAUCUUUUUGUUGAUGUCGUUGUGUUGUUUUUUUACUACCUUCAUCUAGUUGUUGAUGGCAUGUUAGAAAUCUUUAGGUUUCAUGUGAUGGUCAGAGAACUCUUCAGGCCCUCCUCCUCUUUGCCCCGCCCGGACAUGGAGGUCAGAUAAGCUGGUGUUCAGAGGCGCUGCUCAAUGUCACAGGUCAGGUUUAGGACUUUAUAGUGAACGGAAAAAGAAUCCAAACACCUUUCAAAAAACUCCAUGUGCAAUACUCUGAAAGAGUUUUUUUAUGUGUUUGUUAAGUUGUGAUGUCUUUCUUCUUAUCUUCCUCUUGUUUCGCUUCAUCCUCAUCCACAGACAGGUACAGAGGAGAGUGCUUUACAGUUAGUUUAAGGCCACAUAAAAGUGAUUGUUAUUUCAUAUAUAUGUUCUCAAAAGUGCAAGUAGUGGGAGUAUAAGAUGUAUUAGAUACAGUAGCUGUAGGAAGACUAAACACACGCACACAAACGCAUGUAUGGAUAGCGCUGCAGAUUUGACGUUGUUUUACUGCCAACCAACUUUCAAAACAUAAUGUUUCUGCCGUCCAUCGUGUCUCUUCUCUUCUGUCUUAAUGUGUCUCACGUUGCAUCUUUGUUUUUGUCUUUAAUUUAAAACAGUUUGUUCCACUACAACCCAAAAAAGUAUGUUCUUUCCCCGAAGUCCUCCAUGCUAACUGCCAAUUGCAAUGUCCAAAUGUUCCACCCACAAUCCCUUUAGCUUAACGUUUUGUGUAGAGUAAAAGAAGAAAAUCAUGUAGGAAGUUCCAUUUCUUUGGUUUACAGGUUGAAGUUAAAUUGUGGCCUGAGGUUGAUUUCAAACAAUGGAGACAGUAUUAUGAUUUAACCUACAGUAUCAAACAUUCAUCUUCCUGGGGUCAUAUGCAGAAUGUUACUCUAUGUACGUGUUUCUGUUUUGUUGCGGUCACUGUAUUUGUGAAGCUUUGUAUGUACAAUUUUGUCAUCUGACCUGUGUUUUUUUAUUUUCAUGUGCUUCAUUUGUGUUCGAAUUUGUUCUUUUCUUUCACGCUGCGUGCCA